AUGGUGGUGGUUUCCCUGCAGUGCGCGAUUGUCGGUCAGGCAGGAAGCUCGUUCGAUGUGGAGAUUGACGAUGGCGCGAAGGUGAGCAAGUUGAAGGAUGCGAUCAAGGCGAAGAAUGCAACGACUAUCACGGGCGACGCCAAGGACCUUCAGCUCUUCCUGGCGAAGCAGCCCGUCGAAGAUGAGAGCGGCAAAGAGGUCGUCCCUGUUUACCGCCCUUCUGCGGAGGAGAUGAAGGAGGAAAGUUUUCAGUGGCUCCCAGACGAACAUCGGGCUGCUCUGAAGCUGCUGGAAGGAGAAUCUGAUGACUACAUAUAUGCGCUGACGGCCGGAGAACCGAUUCUGGGCUCAAAGACCGUAACAACGUGGUUUUACACGAAGAACAACAUGGAGCUUCCAUCCAGUGAGCAAAUUCACGUGCUGGUGGUGGUUCCGAAAGGUAAAACGACGCUCUGCAGCCAUGGCAAUCGGCGUGCACCCUCUUUGCCAGCAACUAACAAUACACCGGCACCCGAACGUCUCAAACGAUGGGCUGCGAUCAUGCAGGGUUCUGGAAAACCCCAAAACCUUGAAAUAUCAGGGGUAUUUAUUAAAUAG